GUUUUUUUUUACUUUAUGUAUUACAGAUCAGCUAUAGAGAGCAACAGUUCCUGUGUUCAGGAGUUCAUAGCUAAGAAACGAACCUUUGAAGAUACUUUGAGUUCCAUGACCAUAUUGAGCUGGAUUUUCGGUGUAGGUGACCGUCACCUACAGAAUAUAAUGUACAAUACUAGAGACGGCGGCGUCUGCGCCGUGGAUUGGGCGACCAUCUUCAAAUACGGACGUCGAGAGCUACCCCCCGCUAGACUUACAGCCAAUUUAUUGGCUGUGUGUGAUGUUAAAGUUUUGGAGAGUCGUCUACAACAACUGUUAUUGUUUUUGAGAAAUAAUAAGAAAACUUUUGAAACAUUUUUGAAGACAUCAUUCUAUUGGCUGGGUCCGGAAUUUAAAGAGUUGAAAUACAUAAACAAAAUAUUACGAGGCGAAACAGUGUCUUAUACAAUAACUAGAGAGUGUCUUGAAGAGUCGGAGAUUAAGAAUAAAGAUAAAUACAUCGCGUUAUUGGACGAUUUGUUCCAGGACUUCGCAUCUAAAGAUACUUAUACUGUGGAGGAACAGAUAUCAUAUCUACUGCGACAAUGCAUACACCCGAGUAUUCUAUCGGUCACCAGGUCAGGUUGGGAGGCGUGGAUAUAGUGUGGCAUCCUGCAACCAAACACCAUAUACAAGCUAUGUCUUUAUAAUAACUAUCGUGAGACAUACUAAAUUAAGUAAAAUCGCGGGUUACUUGCGUGAAUAUACUGAGA